AUGGGAUUUUGGAAAUCGCUCAAGACUCAGCUUGAAGGCCCGGAAAUCGUCGAGGCCAGCCGCAUCAGGAAGGGUAACAGCGCCGUCACUCAAACAUCCAACUCAGACUCGUCUUCCUCGUCUUUGAAGCACCAGGAGAUUGUGUACGAUGUCGAAGUUUCGUCGGAGGUUGCGUCCGAGCCAUACAUUGACAUCGAGGUCAAGUUGACUCCGGAGGAAAUUGCAAGGAGACAGACCCUUUUGUUCAAGAUCCAAAAGUUUCUCUGGGACGGCGCCGACAAGCACCCAAAGGAGCAGAAGUACUUGGCCAAGCUCGACUUUUUCUUGUUGAGUUCGUCGAUGGCCGGAUAUUUCAUCAAGAACUUGAACCAGUCCAACGUCACCACCGCCUACGUUAACGGAAUGGACGAGCACUUCAAAAUGAACAACAACCAGUACAACUACAUGGUCACCUGCUGGACCAUCGGGUACAUUCUCGGCCAAAUCCCGUCGAAUCUUAUUUUGCACCGUAUUUCGGCCCGGUACUACUUGGGCGGAUUGGAAGUGUCGUGGGCCAUCUUGACCGUUUUGAUGAUCACCUGUAAAAACCUCAAGUCCAUGUACGCUUUGCGGUUUUUCAUUGGCUUGUUGGAGUCGGGUUUUUUCCCCGGUAUGGAGUAUUUGGUUGGAAGCAACUAUUCGGCCUCGGAGAUUUCCACUAGAAGCGCCUAUUUUGCUGUUGCUGGUAAUGCUGCCGGUCUCAUUUCGGGACCUUUGCAAUUGGGUCUUUUGAAAAGGUUCAAGCACUCAAAAAUGCCUCCGUUCAAGUGGAUGUUUGUCUUUGACGCCGUCAUCUCUUUCCCUAUUGCCAUCUACACCAUGUGUGUCGAUCCUAAUACUCCAAGUACUACCGAUGCGUUUUAUUUUACUAGUGAAGAUCGUCUUGUGGGACUCGAAAGGCGCCGGCGUCUUGGAGCCGAGUUGAACACUAGAAACAAGUACACGUGGAAGAAAAUCAAGUCUUUCUUCAACACCUGGCACGUUUACGUGUUCCCACUCUUGUUUUUGGCCUACAACAAUUCGUGUACUGCCAUCAGUCAGCCUACUUUCACCACGUGGAUGAAACUUGACUUGAAGCUUGGACUGUACGAGUAUAAUACCUAUCCAUCCAUUCUUACCGGAGUUGCCAUUACUGUCACUGUUCUUUUGGCGUAUUCGCAUAACUACAUUGGCGGAAAGAAGAACCACUUUUAUGUCAUUGGUUUUUUCAUUCCUCUUAUUGUUGGAUGUGCUCUAUUGGCCCACUGGGAUAUUCCUAGAGGUCUCCAUUGGGUAUGUUACUACUUUAUUGGUGUCCCACCAUCAUUCGGUCAGCCAUUCAUCUUUUCUUGGGUCAAUCGGCUCAUGUUCCAAGAUGACAUGAAAAGAAACUUCUUGGUUGUCUGCACAAACGUGUUGGCAUAUGUUACAGGAGCCUGGGUUCCUAUUCUCACCUGGAACACCAACGAGAAACCUAGAUAUCACACCGGCUUUACUUACACUGCCUGUUUGUCUUCUUUCGGUUUGAUCAUGACUUUGCUUGCUUGGUAUUUAACAAAUAGAGAUGCAAAAAGAGCUGAAGAGGAGUCUGAUGAUGUGGAGAGCCAAACAGAUGCUCUGAAGGUGACUACUUAA